CAUGGUGAUACCUCUCACACAUCCAGCAAUCUCUCUUCCCAAACAGUACCGUACCUGUCCUACCGCGAACCGAUGCGCCGAAUGCCUCAACCACAAUGCCGUCGCAUACACCGUCCCCGCAUCGCUUCCUAGCGCCCAAUCCGGCGACAUCGCAAAGAGCGAAACCGAAACCACAGUCAGGCCUCCGCCAUGGCUUCACGGCGCAGACGCCCAGACCCGUUCUCUCUUCGAGAGAGGCACAUACCCCGGCGGGAGAGGAGCGAAGAGUAACGCCCGCGAAGCGCUUCGUGGUUGCGCCGAAACACAAUGCGCCGAAUAGCAACAAAGGCAAGGAGAGAGCAGAGGAAGGAUGGGCGAAUAUACAAUCCACGCUGCGGGUGAAGCCACCGAGGCUGUUGCAGCGAGAUAGUAUUGAUGAGAGCUCGCCGUCUUCUUCGGCGGAUGCGGAGCAGGAGCGGGAGCAGGAGCGCGAUGGAUACAGCGUCUUGCGGAGCAUCGAGCAGAGAAACAUACUUGCCGAGGACCAAGGACAAGAACAAGCAGAAGAUGGAGGUGAAGACGAUGACGAGAUACUCUUCCUCACAGAAGAACGACAUAAACGACGGCGCGUCUCACCAUCACCUCCGUCCUCGCCUUCGCAUCCGGCGCCGCGUAGCGUACACCAGCAACAGCCGCCGCAGACGCCAGCUCCAGCAUCCCACCGCUUCAAGAUCCCCGCUCCACGCACGCCCGCUGCUCCUAUCUUCCCUGUGUCCAAUCCCGCAUCCAUCUCAACUACCACCACACCAGCCGGCCCCAACCGUCCACACUUCAUCCUCCCGCGUCAAUCCCCCUCGCCGGGCAAAUCCAGCACCCCGCUCCCGGAGACCUUCUCCCCGACGCGUAAGAACGGGAAGUUUAUCCCUGGCGGCCUAGCCUCGACGCUGCAGAGCUGGAUCAUCGAGACUGCAAACACCGGGUACGCGGCGCAGAGCAGCGGCACGGGCGUAGCCUGGGGCAGUAGGGACAGAGAGGACGGCGUGAGGGUGAAGAUCCGCGUCAGCGAGGUGUUUGGCGGGAGGAGACGGGCGAAGGAGGAUACUGAUACUGAGGUGGGGUGCGUGCCGGGUGGUCUAGUGUUUGUCAGAGGUGCGAGCGAGGUGGGAAUGUAUAAUUCUAAUGCAUCGAGGGCGGGGAGUCUGGGUCUAGCGAUGACCAGGGAGGGAGGAGAUGGGGAGAUCAGAGUGCUGCUUGCGGGACUGGGUGGAGCGAGGGGGAAGGGAGGCGUGAGGGUGAGGGAGGGGAGCGUGGUGGGGGUUAGAGCGCCGAUGUGGGAUGUUGAUGUUGGUGUUGGAGGGGGGAGGUGGGUCAUUGGUGUGGAGUGGGUUGUUCUUUCUUGA